AUGCUCUUCAAGGGACUUCUCCUCGCCGCGCUCCCUACUGCGUUCGCUGCGCCGUCGGGCUCUAUCAACGUCCCCACAGGUGCGGUCCCUCCCACCGGGGUCGUCAUCGAGGGAAUUUCCUACGCGGGCUCUGGCUGCAACGCCGGUACUGUGGCUGGCGCCAUCUCCAAAGAUCUCAGUACAAUCACUCUCUUGUACGACAGCUUCGUUGCCCAGGCAGGCUCUGGAAUCAAACCUGCCGAGGCCCGGAAGAACUGCCAACUCAACCUCCAGCUCAGACUUCCUCAGGGCUGGCAGUUCAGCGUAUUCAAAGCCGACUACCGUGGUUACGGUUUCCUUCAAAAAGGUGACAAAGGCGUCGUCAAGUCGACUUACUACUUCAGCGGUGAUUCCAGUCAGGUAUCCUCAACGCAGACACUCACAGGCCCGUAUGAUGACAACUACCUGAAGACGGAUCAAUUCGGUCUGCAGAGUACCGUAUGGUCGCCUUGUGGAGAGGAAGGCCUCCUGAACGUCAAUUCGGAAGUCCGCGUCACACCCUUGAAUACCAAUAACUCGGCUCUUUUGACGGUUGACUCGACUGACUUCAAGUUCACCCAGAUUCACUAUUUGCAGUGGCAGCAGUGUGUUCGGAAGUAG